AAUUUAACAUGUAGGUAUAUUCUGGGCAUUAAAAAGAAAGUCCGUAAUAAGGCUCGAGUUGAGGGAUCCAUUGUUGAGGCUUACCUUGUAGAAGAGGCUACAAACUUCCUUUCUCUGUAUUUUAGAUCUAAAGUACAUUCUAUACGAAAUAAAACACAUAGAUAUGAUGAUGGUGGCUCAACUUCUGUUAGAGGUUGUGGCAUUGAAUUGUUUGAGCAAACUGGGAGAUACUUCAUCUCACAAGGCUUUCGUGACCUCACAACACAACAAUGCAAGGCAGCAGCCCUCUACAUAUUAACUAACAUCCCACAGAUGGAUGAUUUCUUCAAAGAAUUUGACAAUGAACAAUGGAAGGGUCGCUCACAGCCAACUGACCAACAAAUCAAUAACUUAAGAUUAGAUGGUUGGAAAGGCACGCAUGGCAACAAUAGAGGCCCCAAUUUCUUUGAUUGGUUCAAAAACAUAUGCACAAUCAGAUCAAGUGUUCACAAUGUGUUGCGUCAAAUUUCAUAUGGUUUUCGCAAAAGAGUGUCCACCUAUGGUUGCUAUGAUGUGAAUGGAUAUAGAUUUCGGUCGGAGAAGUAUGAGAAUAAUAGGACAAGAUUAGCUACAACUAAUAGUGGUGUUUGUGUGACGUGUACUGAUGGCAAUGGCAAUGUUCUUGAGUACUUUGGUGUUAUUGAGGAUAUUAUUAAGAUUUCUUGGGAGGGCAGGGAGCAACUGGAGCUAGUUUUAUUUUAUUGUCGCUGGUUUGAUCCAACCUCUAGGGGUGUUAGGCGAACUGAAAAUCUUGGUUUGGUGGAAGUGAAGUAUACCUCAAGGCUUCGAAACUUUGAACCUUUUGUGUUGGCAAGUCAAGUUACACAGGUGUAUUAUCUGUCAUAUGCUUGUGAUAAACCUAAUUUGAGGGAUUGGUGGGUAGUAUACCAUGUAGCACCACGGGAUCGUUUGCCGCCAAUUGACAUCAACAAUGAUUCCAUUGAAACCGAAGAACCAUCACAUGACAUCUCAUUUUUUCAAGAGGAUGGGCUGGAGGGCACAUUUGUGAUCGAUCUAGGUGACAUUGAAAUAGUUGCCUCAUCAGCAGAUGAAAUAACUGAUCCAAAAGAAUUUGAAGAGCUGGACAGGCAAACUGAUGCUCCACAGCAAGAAGAGAUAUUAGAAAUUGAUGAAGAAGGCGAUGAAGAUGAUGUUGAAUUCGAUGAUGAAGACUGUUAUGAGGACGAGGAUUUCUAAAAUAUGCUUCUUGUUUUUUCUUCUAAAAUUUAUUGUACUAAUGAUUAAGUCUUAGUUCUAUCCCAAUCUGGACUCAGUGCUAUGUAUCUUUUAUUUGCUGCUAUGUAUCCUAAUCACGACUCAAUGCUAUGUAUCGUUUGUGUGCUGCUAUGCAUCAUAAUCUAGACUCAGUUUUAUGUGCAAAAUAGACCAGCUGUUGUUGUCCUAUUUUAUUUAUUCAAAGUGAUCCUAUUCAAAGUGUCUCCUGGAAUGAUCCUAUUUAUUUGUUUUGGUUGUAGGGAGAUACUAUAGAUGGAUCAUCUCGCGCUUCAGCCAACAUGGACAGGGACAACAGUGAUGGCCAUUGAGUUGUGUGGUGGCAGAAAGUAUUUUGUGAAGCCGUAGCCUUUUGUUUAUCUACUAUGCUGAUGGCAACAACCAGCAAGUUUGAAGGCCAUGCAUGUGUCAUGCUGGGUAUUUUGUGCAAGUGAGGUAUUUUGGUUGUGCAUGAGCCGCUGCAUAUAUAGUUUAUGAAGCAACAUAUGCAGAUUCCAUCAUGCUUCAAGGCAUGCAUGCUGGUUGUGGAGUAGCAGCUACUUGUUGCCUAUUUGCUGCACGAGUGCUUGUGCAGAAGUGGGUGCAUACUGCCAUCAAAGAGCAACUUGCUACUACUUGCAUACUUCCUGGGUCAAGGAAUGUCGUUUUUUGGCUAUCUUGUGCAGAACUGGCUGCGUACUGUCAUGAGAUAGCAGCUAGCUACCUAUAGUUGUGUUGGAGCAUAGAUACCACCUAGUUGUGAGUUAGCACUUUUAACUUGUGCUCCCUGUUAGGUACCUAACUAGAAGGCUGAUUAGGAGGCACCAAUUAUAUAUAUGUAAUCAUGAACAACUUGAAUGAUGUUCUAAGAUUAUGAAAUGUAAUAUUUAUUACUUCA